UCUAGAUAAUAUUUAUCAUUGGUUUAAUAAGUUGUAAUUUGGAUAAAAUAAAAGUACCGGAGGGUAUCGAUAUAGAUAAAUUAUACUGCUUUGUUAUUCGCUUUCGAGCCAGCGUCAAAAUGGCGAGUCGCUGGUUUAACCUCAUAUUGGGGGUAAUUUUACUCCAGUCUGUACUGGCGUUUGGCCCCAUCGAUGUGACGGAUGCCGAAUGGAUCGAAUACAUGAACCUGUUGAGCGACCCCAAUUACCGGUUACCAACAACCACGAAACCAAUUAAUUACAAAGUCAAACUGGAUACAAAUUUGCAAAAUUUUGAGUAUUCGGGUGAUGUCGAAAUAAAAAUUAAAGUUGGAGCAGUUGCAGUCAACGAAAUCCAACUUCAUUGCAGAGGAUUGACUAUUACACCAAGCAGUGUGUCCGUUUCCUUAGAUACAACUACCCUUCCCGUUACAAACCUUGUUCAGCCGUCACAGUCGUUCACAUGCGAAGCAAACACUGACUUUUUAAAGAUUUCAACAUCCAAUCUAAAUCCUAACACUGAUUACAUCGUCAAGAUGUCAUUUACUGGAACACUACAAACAGAUAUGAGAGGUUUCUACAGAAGUUGGUACGUCGAUAACUCUGGGCAGAGGAGUUCUAUAAUUGCUGGGAAAAUAACAGAAACGUUCUAUACUACUCCUAUCAUGUCCACAUACUUGCUGGCAUUCAUAGUAUCCAAUUACAUACCAGUGGAAACUGGAACAAAUAGUCAAAGACCAUUCCGUAUCUUUGCUCGAAAUAAUAUUGGAGAUACAGGCAAAUAUUCUCUGGAAAUUGGUGAAAAGCUUCUGAGUUUAAUGGAAACGUACACUGCCUACCCUUAUUACACAAUGGCUGAUAAUAUGGAAAUGAAGCAAGCUGCUAUCCCUGACUUUAGCGCUGGUGCUAUGGAAAACUGGGGCCUAUUGACCUACAGAGAAGCUCUUAUUCUGUACGAUCCUGCAAACAGCAACAAUUGGUACAAACAACGCAUAGCAAACAUUAUUUCUCAUGAAAUUGCACACAUGUGGUUCGGUAACCUCGUCACAUGCGAUUGGUGGGAUACACUUUGGUUAAACGAAGGUUUCGCUAGGUUCUACCAGUACUACUUGACGCACGAGGCUGAACCAGAGAUGGGUUAUGGCACACGUUUUAUAGUAGAACAGUUGCAAGUCGCCAUGCUGUCCGACUCCUUCGCAUCAGCUCAUGCUCUUACUAACCCCGACGUGUCAGAUCCAGAUUCAGUGAGAGAUCACUUUUCAACCAUCACUUUUGCUAAAGGUGCCUCCAUACUUAGAAUGACACAACAUCUACUUGGUGAAAAUAUUUAUCAGAGGGGUCUUCAGGCUUAUUUAAAGGAUAGAGCUUUUACUACCGCCACGCCAGAGGAUUUAUUUAGAAAUUUAGAUGCUGCGGCUGGCAAUGCUUUGGAUGCUUACGAUGGCAUGACAAUUGCUCGGUACUUCAAAUCGUGGUCCGAUAAAGCAGGGCAUCCUCUAUUGACAGUUAAUGUAGAUCAUGUUAGCGGCCGUAUGACUGUUGUACAAACUCAAUUUGAUGUUAACGAUGGUGUGGCUUCGAGUAAUGGUUUAUGGGACAUUCCUUUAACUUGGACUAGGGCUGAAAAUCCCGAUUUUAAUAACCUUAAGCCUUCUGAGUUCAUGAGCGGCCCACUAAAAGUUAUCGACCGAGGAAGUACCGGAAGAGAAUGGGUUAUUUUCAACAAACAACAAUCUGGUUUCUACAGAGUAAACUACGACCCGUCUACGUGGGCGCUCAUUACUCUAGCUUUAAGAAGUGACAACAGGGAAGUCAUACACGAAUACAACCGCGCUCAGAUCGUGGAUGACGUGUUCGUGUUAGCCAGAUCUAGCAUCAUGUCUUACACGAGAGCGUUGAACAUUCUUUCUUUCCUCGAAUUUGAAGACAAGUACGCUCCUUGGGCAGCUGCUAUUCCAGGAUUUAACUUUGCGCUUCGGAGAUUGGCUCACGACGAUAAUGAGCGUGAAAACUUAAAGGGAGCCAAUAGUCAUUUCAUGGAUGACUUGCUUCGUAUGCAUGUGAUGACCUUCCUUUGCAAUGCUGGACACGAGCAAUGUUCCGAAGCAGCCACACAAAGCUUCCAAGCAUGGAGAUUUAAUGGGACAAGAAUUCCGCCAAAUAUGCGCCCUUGGGUAUAUUGUGGUGGUCUUCGUAAUGGAAACGAGGCAGAUUUCGACUAUUUCUGGCAACGUUACUUGGCUGAAGACCUAUCUAACGAGAAAGUUGUGAUGAUCAAUGCAGCCGGUUGCACAGGAAAUGAAAAUGCCUUACACAAGCUCCUCAACAUAAUCGUUGACACAUCGGUAACACAAGAUAUCAGACCACAGGACUACAGCGCUGCUAUUAGCUCAGCUGUCGAGACCUGGUUGACCUCGGCUACUCCUCCCCCAGCUGCUGCAAUUACUGUGGCUAGACACGGCAUUGCUACAUCAAGAGCUAACAUGCAAUGGUAUACAAGAAGGUUACCGGAGUUUGCAGAAUACUUCAGAACAGGAUAUAUUGAAGAAGGGUUUGAAGUACCCGAUUCUGAACCUUCCACUUCGCCUACUACUAUCCCUGAACCUACUACUACCGAAGAACCUAUCUCUGACCCUACCACGCCCUCCGACUACCCCUGAACCCGACUCUGCAAAUAUUGUCUCUCUCAGCUUCUUCACUUUGAUAGUCACACUUGUCAUCAACAUGGUUUAAAUAUAAGGACGUAUUAAUAAAGACUUUCAAUAAAAUGAACACCUAGUUAAUUACGGUGUGAUAAGUAAUCACCUUUGCCCAUGUUUGUGACUCAGUAAUAUUCAUUGGUUGUUUUUUUAAUAAUAUAGUAGUAAUUUGUAUUUUUUUAUGUAGCUACGUAUCAUAUUUUGGAUUAAUAUACAUAUUUGGACAUCAUUGA